CAGCAUCUUAUAUCAUUGUCAACAUUGUUUACCAUCAUUACGCUUAUGCUAGCCGGCUAUUUAAACUCUCCCUUAAAGUUGCUUGUAGGGACACAAAUUAUUGACAAAGUUUUACGUUUUAAUAUUAAGAGCAUCAAACAUCGAACGUUCACUAUUACAAAGCGAAUGAAAAGUUUAUCCGACAUGACAUCGCCACUAGACCAAAAUACCAUCGACGAUGUGGUGAACGAUUGGGUCGAUGUGACCAGAAUUCCUGCAAUCAGUGGCGGACAUUUUGUAGAAGACAAUGACUUCGUUAAGAUCUCAACUAACUGGUCCGUUUUGGAUUUCGCCAAGAAGGAAAAUGUUUCGUUUCAACGUCACUUUUCCGUGCUGAAAAGCAGUCUGAUUUGGGCAGAAGGCCAGGAAGCGCUCGUUACCGAUGAGUUAUUGAUGGCUACCGCUGAAUCGGUUCCAAUUGAUGCGAAGAAAAUUUGCAUUUCCUCCUGUGGAACGCGAAAGGCAAUUCUUGUGGAGAAAGCAGACAAAUCAUCCGCGCAAAAGUCUCAAAUUUUAGAGAUUUGGGGAGAAAAUACAUUGUUGAAGUCUUAUGAUCUCAGCGAACUUGAUAAGCACAAAAAUAUGUACACGACAGGAUUUUUCGGGACGACAAUGGUCUGGGAUAAAUCUGCUAAGAAGCUGGCUUAUUUAGCAGAAAAGAAGGUGGCUAAAGCAAAACCAUUCUUCAGUUCCAACGUCAAGACGGUUGAUGAUAUUACAAUAAACGACAAGAAAAAGGAUGUGAAGGGCGAAGAAUACGCCUUCCGUCAAACGUGGGGAGAACAAUUACCAGACAUGUAUUUUUCCGUAAUUGUUGUUCUGGACGUUGAAUCCGAUAAAUUCGAAUUGAUUGAGCUGUCUCAAAAUGACUCUGAAUUUCCUGUUGAUAUACAAUGGGUCGGAGACACAUCAAUAGUUGGCACAUCGUAUGCAAUUCCUCCAUGGCGACUUGGACUUUAUGCGUGCAAUAACAGACCGAGUCGAAUAUUCCAGGUGAAUGUGGACGGAAAGAAUUUAAAGUUCCUAAGUACCAUUGACAAAGCUGCAUUUUCACCAAGAGUCCGUCCAGACUCUGAAUAUGUCAUUUGGCAGGAGAGGGCAGUCGACGCGCCACAUAAUCGAUCUAGAGACAUUAUGGGAAUAUCCUUGGAAGAUCCGAAGAUUCCUGAAGUGAUUUAUCAAUCUGCUACCGAAGAUAUUCCCAUCUAUGCAGACUUUCCUAGAUGCUGUUGGGCUCCGAAUGGUUCCUCUUUUUUUGUAAUUUCGUUCAAAGACGGUGACAUGGCCUUGUUUGCUAUUUCAUUGUCUAAAGGUGAGGCAAAAUUACAAACUGUUGUUGAUCAAUCUCCUGGAAUUCGAGCACUUCUUUGGAUCGGCCACAACUAUUUGUUAGUAUCGCGAAGCUCGACGCUAUCGACACCGUUUGUCGAAUUGAUUACAUAUGGUGGCGGGGUCCAAAAACGCGCUCAAAUCACUAAUUCAACGUUCAGCGUACAAGGACAUGAUCAGUUCGAGAUCAAGAAAAUUUACGGCAAAGCUACAGUUCCAUCAAUUUAUAUUGGACCAAAGAAAACAGAAAACCAAGUGGUUCCGCUGGUCGUUAUGCCACACGGUGGACCACAUGCUGUAACUGUUGAUGCGUUCAAUAACGAACUAAGUUUAAUCCUACGGCAAGGAUUCGCUUUGUUGAAGGUGAACUACAUUGGUAGUUUGGGAUCAAAGAAAGAUGAGACUGAUGACCUGCUGGGAAAGAUUGGUAAACUUGAUGUAGAGGACUGUCACGAAAUCGUUCAACAAACACUGAAAUGUACGCCUUGCAUCGACUCCGAACGAAUUGGUCUGUAUGGUGGGUCACACGGUGGUUUUCUUGCGGCACACCUUAGCGGUCAAUAUCCAGACUUCUACAAAGCAGCUGUUUUAUUAAACCCUGUAAUCGAUUUGAAUGUCAUGAUUGGAACAUCGGACAUUGUUGACUGGUGUAUGGCAGAAAGUGGAAUCGCUUUUCCUGAUAGUACGAUGAAAACAUUUAUUCCUGCCGCGAAAAAUGUCGACGACUUUCAAAAACUUUUUGACGCCUCUCCCAUCGUUCAUGCAUCGAAGGUGAAAGCAGCCACUUUACUACUGCUGGGAACGGAAGAUCUUCGUGUACCUAUGAGUCAAGGAAUGAACUUCUAUCGGACCUUAAAAGCCUACAACAAGACGACCGAAGUUCGAGUCUAUCCGGAUUGCCAUUCCUUAAUGUCUGGAAGUGUGGCUACUGACGUUGCGAUUCAAUUAGUUUUGUGGUUCAAAAGAUUCUUAUGGAAAUGAUCCAAAUUAAUGUCGAAAUUCUUCUUCUUUUGAUAAAUAAAUUAAAUUUCUUGAAUCAUCCCGUCUGGAUGAAGUUUUUC